CUUCACGUUUCAUUGGUUUUGGGUGUGUAUCUUUUUGUUCGAGCCCAGCAAGCUCGAAGUUGUUUUCCUACGGAUAUUUGUUAAAAGAAAAAAAGAAAAAAUUUAGAGCUGCGCGCCCCAAUCAGACUCACCCCCCAACAAAAGAAAUUACAAAGAAUAAAAAAAUAUAAGGGAAACAGUUUUUGCACACAACAAACACUUCUACCUAAUUUUUGAUAUAUAUCUGAGUACAGAGAACAUUUUCAACCAUAGGCCUAUCCGAGACAGCCGUAAUGGACGUAAUGUCAUCAUCCGUACAACAGCAGCGCAACCUCGUCGCAGACCUGCGUCGCGAAGCCGCCAUUAAUCGCCAGACGGUAUCGGAGUCGUGCGCCAAGAUGAUGAAAUACAUCACGGAGCACGAGCAGGAGGAUUACCUAUGGACUGGUUUUACCAGCCAGAAGGUAAAUCCAUUCCGUGAGAAAUCCUCGUGUACUGCUCUCUAAGCAGUAUACAUGGCUAUCUUUUUUUAUUUGAAUUAAGUUCGUUUUAAAAUAGUACCACAAUUUUGCAAAAUGAAAAUUUAAAUAAAUUUACAUUGUAAUAAAACCUA